AUGAACUCACUGAUUCAUCCAGAGAGGAAGACCAACAGCGACAGGAGGAGCAGGGACCUGCUGACAGACCGGAGCCCGGCUCAACAGGGCUGCCGGUGCUCGGAGUCGGAGCUGUCCUUCCUGCAGGAGCCCAGCGACGUGAUCGCGGUCCGGGACCGGCCGCUCAUGCUGCACUGCCAGGUCCGCGGCGAGGAGCCGGUGGCCAUCAGCUGGAGGAAGAACGGCGCGCCGCUGGCCGCCGGCGGCCGAAUCCGGGUCCUGCUCAACGGCACGCUGCUCAUCGGCAGCUUCCAGAAGCGCCGGGACGGCGGCGACGGCGACGUGGGGGAGUACGACUGCGCCGCCCAGAACCGCUACGGCAUGCUGGUCAGCCGCAAGGCCAAGGUCGCCCUGGCCUCUCUACCGAAGUUCUACACACACCCGGCGUCCAUGAGCGUGGACGAGGGAGGCGUGGCUCGCUUCCAGUGUCAGAUCAACGGCGUCCCUGAGGCGCAGAUCACCUGGGAGCGAGACAGACAGCCGCUGGACACCGGAGACAGCAGGUACACCCUCCUGCCCAUGGGCGUCCUCCAGGUGACGGGCGUGAGGCAGGCGGACGCCGGCGUCUUCCGCUGCGUCGCCACCAACAUGGCCAACACGCGCUACAGCCACGAGGCCACGCUCAACAUCACCGGUGGAGCCGCCAGGAGCUACAAGGAGCCCGUCAUCUUAUCGGGACCGCAGAAUCUGACCAUCACCGUCCAUCAGACCGCCAUCCUGGAGUGCAUCGCCACCGGCAAUCCCAAGCCCAUUGUGUCCUGGAGCCGACUGGACGGGCGCUCCAUCGGGGUGGAGGGCAUCCAGGUGCUGGGGACGGGGAACCUGAUGAUCUCCGACGUGUCGCUGCAGCACUCCGGGGUCUACGUGUGCUCCGCCAACCGGCCCGGGACCAGGAUGAGGCGCACGGCGCUGGGCCGCCUGGUGGUGCAGGCUCCUCCAGAGUUCCUGCAGUGGCCUCAGUCCGUGUCCAAGACGGCGGGCGGCAGUGCCGUGUUCACCUGCGUGGCUCAGGGAGUCCCGGAGCCUCACCUGAUCUGGCUGAAGAACGGCAAGGUCCUGAUGCCCGGCCACAACGUCAAGCUGACCAACAACAACAGCACCCUGGCUCUGACCCGGAUCAGCGCCGAGGACGAGGCCAUCUACCAGUGCAUCGCCGAGAACAGCGCCGGGACCAACCAGGCCAGCGCCCGCCUGGCCGUGGCCCAGGCCAAAGACCUCCCCGAGGCCCCCGAGGGCCUGGCGGCCUCCGCCCAGUCCACCACCACCCUGCAGAUCACCUGGAGCCAGCCCCCAUCCAACGUCACCGAGAACAUCAUCGGAUACGUCCUGCACAUCCGCAGGAUCGGAGAGCCUGACAGUCUGGAGCUGCAGGAAGCCAUCAGUAAAGGCACGUUUCGUCACGAUGUGACCAACCUGGAAGCGGCCACCACCUACUCCCUGUACCUGAAGGCCUACUCUCCGCUGGGAGCCAGCCAGCAGUCGCACACCGUGGUGGCCACAACGCUCGGCGGAGUGCCGAAGGCCCCCACCUACUUCACCAAGGUGCUGAACAGCAGCGCGGUGCAGGUCCUCUGGGAGCUGCCCGGUAAGCCCGGCAAGGCGGAGGGCUUCCGGCUGUCCUACCGGAGGGUUCCCCAGCCCGAGUACCAGGGGCCGGUCCAGCUGCCCAGCCACGUCAACGCACACACCCUCAGCAACCUGGAGUCUGGAGCGGUGUACGAGGUGAAGCUGGUGGCUUACAACGGAAACGGAGAGAGUGACUGUUCCAAGAGGCUGGUGUCCCUGGCAGAGGACGGACCGGGCGGACAGUCCAACGGAGGAAGCAGCUUGUGUCAGUGCACGGAGGGCGGGGCGUCUCUGGGCAGCAUCGUCAUCGGGAUCCACAUCGGCACCGCCUGCAUCAUCUUCUGCGUCCUCUUCCUGAUGUUCGGAUACCGCCGCAGCACACUCUGCUGUAAAGGAACCCAGGACAGCUGGUUCGUACCGAGGACCAACACGGAACUCAACGGCAUCCCAAAGGAAGGAGCCACCCACCUCCAGAUGGAGCCGGUGUCUCAGGUGGUCCGUCCGGCUCAGUGCCAGGUGGUCAUCGAGCAGCAUUCGGCAGAUUUACCUGGCACGGGCACUGGAUAA